CCAAUCAGUAAAGAAGAGGAGAGAGAAUUAAAUAGCAGAGUUUAGAGAGAGAGAGAGGUAAGGAAAGAGGUUCGGUAUUCAAAAAAUAAAAACAUGGGCCAGAACCAGAAUCAGAUCUUGAAGAUGAAGAAGAAAGGAAGGCCGUCAAAGGUAGAUCUAGCUGAUCGUGCUGUUUUCAAGAAAUCGGUUUCUCCGGCGACGGAAAACGAUGUCCGACGUAGUCUCCGGCGAAGGACUGUCAGGUACUGUUUAGACUAUGAUGAUUUCUUUAUCGAUGAUUUCGAUGGUGGUGAGGAAGAAGAUGAUGAUGAAGAAGAAGAACAACAGAGGAGGAGAGAAAAGAAGAUGAAAUUUCUAAUGCAGAAGAGUAAAGAAGAUGAUGAUCCUGAGUCAACCCUGAGUCGGCGGCGAGUUAAUUACACAACCCAUGUUUCACCUUCAUCAUCUGAUAACAACGAAGAUCAUGAAGAAGAAGAAGAAGAGGUUAGAUGCAAAACAGAGAGGAAGAGUUAUAAAGAAGGAGAUGAUUCUGCUCCAGGGACUCCAGAUAGAGUUCCUCCAUUGCCAGAUAAGAAGACAUUGGAGUUGAUUCUUGAUAAACUUCAAAAGAAGGAUAUUUAUGGUGUGUAUGCUGAACCAGUUGAUCCUGAAGAGCUUCCAGAUUACCAUGAUGUGGUUGAGUUUCCUAUGGAUUUCUCUACUGUGAGGAAGAAACUUUCGAAUGGAUCAUAUGUCGCAUUGGAACAAUUUGAGAGUGAUGUUUAUCUCAUUUGUACAAAUGCAAUGCAAUAUAAUUCAGCAGAUACAAUAUAUCAUAAACAGGCAAGGACCAUACAAGAGAUGGCAGAAAGGAAAUUUCAGAGGUUAAGAAUGGCAGCUGAAAGGAGAAGAUGUUGUGAGAAAGAAGAAGUGAAGUUGUUAAAGAAGAAGAAACCUCUGACUACUGUAAACAGUAGCCGGAAUUUACAAGAAGCCAUUGUUGGUUCCGAUUUCUCAUCUGGUGCUACACUUGCGACACCACCUCCUCCUCCACCUCCUUUCGAUGCAAAUUCUUUGUUCAUUGAUGGAGAAGAUCUUUCGGGUAGAAAGGCUAUUUUCUCGAAAUUUGGAAAGAAUUCAUCAUUGCAAGAUGAGAACCGACGAGCUACUUACAAUCAACACAUCGUGAAAUCAGAUUCAAUAUUCUCCACGUUCGAAAGCGAAGCCAAGCAUCUCGUUGCAGUAGGACCACACACAGAUAAUUCCUAUGCAAGGAGUCUCGCCCGUUUCGCUGCAACACUCGGACCCAUUGCAUGGAAAGUUGCAUCGAAGAGGAUUGAACAGGCUCUGCCCUCGGGUUCAAAAUUCGGGCCAGGUUGGGUUGGUGAAUACGAGCCACUUCCCAACCCAACAAUUUUACUUGUGGAAAAAUCUCCACAGAAUUGUGAAACUAUAAGUCCUAAAUUGAAAAACCAUAUUACCAAUCAAGCCCCUGUUUCUUCUUCAUUAUCAUCUUCUGCUGCUGUUACCCAAUUAAGAGCUGAUCAUCAUCCACAAAAGAAGCCAAAGAAAACAAGCAUUGAACCCGUAAAACAAAUUCAAGUCGAGCAGAGUUUCAAGCCACAAACUGUUAAAAUUGAGCCAGAAAAUGCUCAAAAACAGAAUAAACCCGUAAAUGUUCCAAGCAAUGCUGCUCAAGCUGCAGCCCGAGUAUGGAUGUCAGUUGGAGCUUCGGUUAAUACAAAUACCAAUCAGAAGAAGAAUCCUGAUUCUUCUUCGUUUUAUAAUAAUAAUCAACAACCACCACCUCAAGUUUCGCGGUUUCGUGGAGAGUUUCCAUUUCCUGGGAUGAUGAUGCAUUUUCAGCCAUCGAUGACAGGAAUGGGGAAUGAAGGUCAAUUUCAGAGCAAUAGUAGUAGUAUUAGACCACAAAUGGUUUUCCCACAGUUGAUUACAGCAGAUUUGUCUAGAUUUCAGCAGGUUCAAUCUCCUCGAAGACAAAAACAGGAAUCUUUCGCACCCGAUUUGAAUAUUAGUUUUCAAUCAUCGGGAUCUCCUGGGCAAUCUUCGUCUCAACAACAGCCCGACUUAGCAUUACAAUUGUGAAGAGGUUGUUGUUGGUUGGUACCCAUUUUCUUGUCAUGUUUUUAGGUAUUGAAUUACAGCUUUUGAGGUCUAGAUUUUGUUUGUUUAUAGGUUUAUGAUGCCGAAAAUUAUAGCCAACUAAACUAAUUGAUUAGAUGUAUGCCUUUUUAUUAUUCAUCGCCAUUAAUUUUUGUCCUGGGAUUGUUAUUGUGUAUCUUGGACGAAUUCUUCCUCGAUUUAAUGAUGAUGAAUGGUUUCUACUCAAGUUUUUC